AUGUCUACUACGACUACGAGGAAGAGUGCAAGGCGAAAGGGGUUGCGGUCUAUUGCGAGCACUUUGCGCGAGCGAAUUGAUGUCAUAGUUAAGGACUUUUCGGAGGAGAAACGAGCAGAAAUUAUUUCUUUACAGACCACUUUAAUUGACACUGUUAAACAGUUAAAGGAGUUAGAUGAAGAGCUAUACGGUGUUUUAUCGGCUGAAGAGAUCGAAACCGACGUUAUGGAGGCUACAGAAUUUUAUCUAUUAGUGAACAUGAGUCUCGCGACUAUUACUACCGCUACCGGACCACAUGUUUCAGCCACAGAAUCGACACGGUCUGUUGAAAAGAAAUCGAUGAGACUACCCAAAAUAGAACUGAGCAAAUUUAAUGGGAACCCUUUGAAUUGGCCCUCGUUUUGGGACCAGUUUAAUUCAGCCAUUAAUGACAAUGACAGUUUGAAUGCAAUUGAUAAAUUUAAUUAUUUGAAGAGAUACGUCGAAGGAACCGCUUUAUCAACUAUUUCUGGGUUAGAAUUGACGAACAGUAACUACGAAAAUGCUAUAGAGUUGCUUAGAAACCGUUUUGGCAACGAACAGGUGCUCAUUAACGCGCACAUGGAAGCCCUGUUGAAGAUUGAGUCAGUACGAUCAAUGGAUAACACCCAACAAUUGAGAAAACUUUAUAAUGAUGUUGAGAACUGUAUUCGAAAUUUGAAAAAUUUGAAGUAUAAUAGCGAAAUGCUGAGUUUAUUGAUUCCGGUUCUGAACGAAAGAAUUCCCAACGAAUUACGAAUGAUUAUUUCUAGAAACUUUGGAGAGGAGAAGUGGUCCGUUGAAAAGAUACUGUUUUUUAUCAAUAACGAACUGCAAGCUCGAGAGAGGUGCACUGUAACCGCGAAAGGCAAGGGACAAACUCCCAGUGAAAAUUACAAGAGAGGAGGAAUUUCUACCGCAGACUGCUUAUUGACUUUGGACAGAGAAAAAUGUGUUUUCUGUCACGAUUCUCACUCUCCGUCGAGGUGUUCAAAAGUUACCAACGUACAAACACGUUCGCAAAUUAUGAAAAAGGAAGGGCGUUGCUUUUUAUGCUUGCAGCAUGGACACAUUUCAAAGAACUGUUGUUCAAAUUACAUAUGCAAUAGAUGUGGAAGACGUCACCACAUCUCUUUGUGUAUGAAAGAAAAACGUGCCGAAAGAAAAGAUAAAGACAACAAUGGCUCGGAGGAAAACUCUUCUAACGAAACCAACGCGAAUCACAUCAGCCAAGAAAACAAAGGAAUUCUUUUGCAGACGGCUAAAGCUUUUGUUUCGAAAGAAAGGGAGAGCAGGAACAUACAAACGAGAUUCAUGUUUGAUUCAGGUAGCCAGAGAACAUAUGUCACAAAUGAACUGAAAGAAAAACUGAAUUUAGAAACAAUUCGAAAGGAGAAAUUAAUUAUUAACACUUUUGGCCAUAGCAACAGCCAAUCGAGAGAGCUACCCGUUGUUAAGUUGUAUGUAAAAACCGCUGACCGCUCAUCUACCGUACCAAACAUUUGCGCUCCUCUCUCAAAUCAGAAUGCGAAAUAUUACGCUGAUAAUUACGAACACUUGAAGCGGUUGAAAUUAGCAGAUUUUUCAAAUGGUGAAACGAGACUGAAUGUUCACGUUCUGAUUGGUUUAGACCAUUAUUAUUCAUUCAUUACCGGCGAAGUUGUUCGAGAUCCGAGAGGCGGUCCUAUCGCUAUCAAUUCCAAACUUGGCUGGAUUUUGUCCGGAGGUGAACAGUCGAAAGCGAACGAAUCAAGCUGCAUGGAAGUCCACGCCUGCCGUGUUGAUACCGAAAACACAAUUCUUUGUGACGAGUUGAACAAGUUUUGGCAAAUUGAGUCGAUCGGUGACGGAGAAAACGAAAACGUAUUAUCUUCUUUUAAACAAACUCUUGAAUUCAACGGUGAACGCUACGUGACCGAAUUACCAUUUCGUCCUGAUCAUGAUAAACUUUCCGAUAAUUUUGCAGUUUCGAAACAACGCUUAGAUUAUCUUGUUAACAAACGAUUACGAAAUGAACCUGAUUUAGCUGUGCAAUACAACGACGUUUUUGCAGACUACGAAUCGAAACAGAUUAUAGAAAAAGUUCCAGAAAGUGAGAUAGCUUGCGAAAAUGCUCACUACCUUCCGCAUCAUCCGGUUGUACGCCAAGAUAAAAGUACAACGAAAGUUCGUCCUGUUUUUGAUGGAUCUUGUGCCGUUCACAAACCAUCCCUCAAUGACAUUUUGUACUCUGGUCCUAAUUUACUUGCUAAGGUGUUUGACAUUCUGCUGAGAUUCCGUACGAACUACGUCGCUUUAGUUGCUGAUAUUCAACAAGCCUUCUUGAAUAUUGAAAUCGCUGAGAAAGACCGUAAUUAUCUUCGUUUUUUUGUGGAAAGAAAACCCUACCGAGAACGAUUCAAAGCUCAUUAUCUAUCGAUUUCUGCGUGUCGUGUUUGGGAUGACUUGUACGUCGAUGACCUAACAACCGGUACCGAUACCGUAACUGAAGGCAAGAAACUUUACGAAAUUAGUAAACAAAUCAUGAAAGAAGGAGGGUUCAAUUUGCGAAAAUGGGCUACUAAUAACAAUGAAUUACAAACUUUUAUCGAAAAAAUUGAGAACGUGAAUUCUGAACCGAAUAGCGUCAAAACUGUUAACCCCAAAGUAUUAGGGAUCGAGUGGGACAUCGACAGAGAUAUUCUAGUGUACCGAUUUGACGAGUUAUUGAAACGAGCGAAAGAACUGUUUCCAACAAAAAGAAACAUUUUACGUAUAUCUGCUUCAUUUUAUGACCCGUUGGGCCUGAUCGCACCAAUCACCACCAAAGUAAAGGUUCUUUUCCAGAAAUGUUGA